AUGUCAUGUCUUGGAAAACUACCGAAAUCUGGCCCCGACUUGGGGAUUCACCUCGACGGUGAUACAUAUCUUCCUGGUGAUAACAUCACAGGACUGGUAUAUCGAAAAUCGCAUAUCGUGAGCCCAGACUCAUCACUCACUGUAUCCAUGAUCGGAACAUCGAAAGCAAGCCAACAGGUCAAGGAUAGAAAAGGUGAUUAUACAUGGGGGGUAACGCUACUUGACCAUUGCCAGACCAUAUUUAGGGGGCCUUUGCAUAUCGAGAACGGGGUUCAUAAGGAGUGGACAUUUAGUAUACCUGUUCCGCUAUAUACCGACCCAAAAGUCAACAAUGUCAGACAAACCUUAAGCUUUGUUCCUCCGGAUACUACAGACCACGAACUGCCUCCGUCCUAUAUCCUCGGCGACGGAGGAGAAAGGAGAGAGUCGGCGUGCAUCCAGUAUAUCAUCGAAGCCAAACUUACAGCUGAAGUUCAUGGAAGAACCGAAGUCUUCGAGGCUAUAUGUCCUUUUAAGAUCAUACAACUGACGCAAGAUGCUCCUAUCGCAAACUUCGGAUCCAGACGAAUUCGCUAUCCACGAAAAGCCUCAAGUCAGACGCUUGUGCCAGGAUCUGAAAAUGUGAGAUUGUCUUCGCUACAAAGGAUCAGGAAGCACUUCUUUUCAUCAGACCCUGACCUAGCAUUUGACGUUUAUGUUGACGUCCCAAGGAUCAUCCAACUUGACAACCCAACGCCUAUACCGAUCAAGUUUCUUGUGGCACCAAACUGGCAAAAGACAAGCCCUGCAAUUCAAGAUGUUGUACAAGAGGUCAAACUUACAACUGUACACAUUUGGAUAGUCACAGAAACAUCACUCAACGGAAGCUUUGGAGGACGAAGAACAGAAGUUGACCUUGGGGUUGUCCAAGCUCUCAACAAACUCAAGAUGAAUCUUCGAAUACCCUUCACACGACAAUGGGAGCCUAUCGAUGUCGGAGAAUUGUCAGGCCUGCGGAUAGGUCUAAAGAAUACAGGAUUUCCGCAAGAAUGGAGUUUUGCACAGGCGGGGUUUACGCACUCAUUUUGUACAUAUAAUAUCAUGGUUACGCAUGGAAUUGCAUGGUGGAUUCAGGGUGAGAUUGCGGGAGUCAGGUUUGAUGUGGGUGGGGAGGCGGAUUUGUUGAUACUAAGACCCAGUGAUGAUCGAGUACGACUUGAGGCGACGGAGGGUGGAAGUAGUAGGGCGACAGAGACUGAGGCUGAGAUACAACAUGAUGAAUCGUGGAUCAGGCCACCUGUGGAAGAGGCCGUACCGGCAUACAGAAGGACCGACGGUACUUGAGUAUCGAUUUAUUUGCGGUCUAAUAAGCUCUAGUGACGUAAAGGUUUAAUUCUUGAUAUACCUAUGAAUUUAAUAAGUCCC